GUGAUUAAUCCCAUGAAAUAUGAACUGCCAAUUACAGGCAUUAAAAUCAAUAACAUGGCCGUUGUAUAACUGGAAAUAGUGGGUGCUUAAAUGUGGUGAACAGGCUGUAUUUAGUCAGUUAUACUGACUUUUGUUGUAGAACACAGAAUAUUGGAGGAUUUUAGAGCAUAAGCAUUUUCUGUGGUGAAAAUCAAGCAUCAGAAAGAUGAUUCUUACUACCAGAAGUGCCAGACUACUGCUUGUCUUCCAAGUACUGCUGCUCUUUGUUUUGACGAUUGACUCUGCUACUAUUGGAAGUCAUGAUUAUUGUAUUAUCGGGGCAGGGCCCUCAGGUCUACAGUUAGGAUACUACAUGGAAAAAGCCAAAAGGGAUUAUAUCAUAUUUGAAAGAUCUAAUACUUCAGGAAACUUUUAUGUAAAGUAUCCACGGCACCGAAAACUUAUCAGCAUUAACAAGAGACAUACUGGCCAAACAAAUAAAGAAUUUAAUAUGCGUCAUGAUUGGAACUCAUUACUCAGUCAUGAUGAUUCUCUUCUAUUAAGGCAUUAUUCCAAAGAAAUGUUUCCUCAUGCUGAUGUUCUGUUAAAAUAUUUGAAAGAUUAUAAAGAGAAAUUAGGAAUACAAGUUCAGUUUAAUACAGAAAUCAGUAAUAUACAUACAGUUAAGAAUGAAUCAGCACCGGAUGGUCACCUCUUCUAUAUGAAUGAUCAAACUGGAAAGCAAUACAUUUGCAGAACUUUAAUAGCUGCUACAGGUAUGUGGAAACCUAAUAUACCUGAAGUACCAGGUAUAGAAUAUACUGAAGGUUAUGAAGAUGUAUCCUUGAAUCCAGAGGAAUUUGAAGGACAAACAGUUUUAGUAUUAGGGCGAGGUAAUGCAGCUUUUGAAACUGCUGAUCAUAUUAUGGGUUCAACUAAUUUAAUACACAUGGUUGCCAGAUCUAGAGUAAGGUUAUCAUGGGCUACUCACUAUGUCGGAGAUUUACGAGCUAUCAACAAUGGAUUGUUAGAUACUUAUCAACUAAAAUCAUUAGAUGGUGUAUUAGAAGCUGCUAUUAAUGAAGUCAAGAUAGUUAAACGUAAUGGUAAACUGUUUCUAGAUUUAAACACAGAAGAUGAAGAGGAAGAAUCGCUAGUAUAUCUAGAUAAUUUUGCCAUGAGAGAACCAUAUGAUAGAAUUAUACGAUGUCUGGGAUUUAAGUUUGACAUGUCGAUAUUUAGAAAUGACACUGAUGUGAUAAAAAAAGCUUCAGGUUUGAGAAUUAGUAAAUUCCCAUCUAUAAUGCACAACUAUGAAUCAACAACUACUAAAGGCAUGUUUGUGGCUGGUACAGCUAGUCAUUCCUUAGAUCACAGAAAAUCUGCUGGUGGCUUUAUUCAUGGUUUUAGAUACACAGCCCGAGCAUUGCACCAUAUUUUAGAGAGUCGUUAUGAAGGUGUAAUAUGGCCCCAUAAAACAUACAAAUCUUCUGAGUUAGUAAAUGUUUUAUUGAAGAGAAUGAAUGAAGCUUCUGGAACAUAUCAGAUGUUCAGUGUACUUGGUGAUGUUGUUGUCUUUAGAGAUAACCGAGAAAGUUUUGAAUAUUAUGAGGAAUUCCCAAUAAAUCUCCUACACGAGUUUACCAAUAUAACAGGAGCAGAAGCAGGAGAGUUAAUAGCAGUGGUUUUACAAUAUGGUGCCAACUUCUCUGGUCCUGGAAAUGAUAUUUUCCGAACUGACCGAGCCACUGGUGAACCAUCGGAGGCUCAUAAAUCCAACUUUCUUCACCCAGUAUUAUAUUAUUAUAAAGACAUUCCAACAGCAAAACAGAUGAAGACUAAAAAACGAUCUGAAAUAUUGCCUCGACCACAUCUGAUGCAUCAUAUUGUUGAAGAUUUCCUUACUAUGUGGGACGCACCAAUCAGCCAUGUUCUACCGUUAAGACGAUUUAUAGAGGAUGUGUUACAACUUGAUAUCAGACAUUAUUAUAUGGAAGAUUGUUUCCGUCUGUCUUUGUUACAUUCUACAGUACCAAGUGGUUGUCAGCCAUAUCUUAAUGGACAGGGUUUAAGUGGAACAGGACUUUUGAUUGAAUCGGCCUUAAAACAGGGGUUAUUAAUGUGAAAUUCUGAUUAAAUUAUAUUAAACCUUUUGUGUUUUAUCAUGUGAUUAUAUUUAAUUCUAUUGAGUAAUAUUCCACAACAUUUUUAAAGGCUCAAUCAGAUAUUGUUUUAGUUUCUGUUUUUAAAGUACCAGUAUUGCAUAAUCUUUGCAAAAUUGUAACAGCUGUUGUAUGCUUUAAGUUUAAAUCAAAAGCUUAUCUUUCAUUAGUUAUAUAUUUAAAUAAUAAUAUCAUUAAUAAUAAACACCCAUAUUUUUGUAAUCUCGAGGAUCAGGCAACUUCUUGGAAAUCAUGGUCAGAUGGUAUGUUUAAAAAUCAGUACUAUUGGAUUUACUUGGAAGACAUUUAUCUUUUAUAAAGACUUUUUACAACAUAUUUUCAUAACUUCAAAUUUAUUGACCAGUUAUAUGUAGGUUAUUGUGUCUUCAAGAGUUAUACUAUUUUAAUUUUUAUCCAUUCAUUUCUCAGUAAUAUAUGUAUUUUAGUAUAUCAAAAUUUAAUUUAUAAUGUGUUAUUUUUUUAUUUGUUUACUUUUAGAUGACUUUAGCUUUAACGAUGUUAAUUAGUAAUCCUUUCUUUAGUUAUUAUAAUUUAUAUUUUGGUUAGAGGGUCAGAGAUAGUUAAAAGAAACUGUUAUAGAUAUAUAGCUCAUAUAACUCCCCAUAUUAUAACAAAAAGGUGCUGUGAUAAAUAUAUGAUUUUAAAUCAGGGACGAGUCUGUCGGAUGACAAAAGUCAUAAUGUACAAAGGGCAAACAAAUGAAAAAAAAAAAACUAAUCACAAAAUAUAUUACUAACAAUGGCUCUUUUAUUUAAAAAAAUAGCAAACCCCAAAACAACAUAGCUCUAGUUUAAGAUUAUUGUUCAUUCUUACCCCAGUUCACCACAAAUGAUUCUUGAACUGCUAUCAUUAUUGUUAUUUUAUUGGACUAUCAAGGUGGUCCAGAAUAAACGUGGGGCCAACUAUUUCAUUACAAUCUGCUGUAGAACUUAUGGUCUGAAGCUAAAAGUAUUGAUUUUUGUCACGUUCAUAAUACAAUAACACUAUAAGUGUGUUUGUGGGUGGGGAGAGGGGAUGUGCAAGUUGUCCUUAGUAGGCUAUAGCUUUAUUGUUUAGGAUAAGAUGUAUAGGCCUGCAUAGGUUUGAAGAUUGUUUAAAAGGCUGUGGCAGUGUUUUGUUUGUGUAAACUUUAUUGUACAAAUAUGUAUUUCUUUAUAAAGAAUAGCAUCUUUAGUUUGUUUUUAUAUUAUAUUAUAUUAUUGUUUGUUUGUUACUGAAAUCACAUGCUCGCAAGGGCUUGAAUUUAUCAUUAAUUGUUAUCUUCCAAUGUGUUCAAUAAAUUAAAAAACCAAGUGGAAUAUUAUAGCUAAAUGUUUAUAUAUACUGGGACAGAUAUAUGGAUUUAUAAGGGGAGGUUCACAUUAAGUAACAAUUUUACUUGGAGAAUUUUCCUUCCUUUCCUGCAAUCUAGCUCUGACUUGACAGGUUUCAAGGCAUUAAAUGUGUGUGAAGUUAAUGGUACUUUUGUCCAAGAGGGUGUAAAAAGGAUCACAUCAACCAAUGAACUCCAUGGGGAUACACCCCUGAUAUAUAUGAUGUAAUAUAGUAUAUUCGGGAUGGGACUAGAGAUUUUAUUAAUUAUUAUAUAAACUUAUGUAAGCCCAUGAAAUGUACAUUAUCAUUUAUGUUGAAAUAAAAGCUUUAAAAGAUUAAAGCAAUAAAUCUAUCAAA